AUGCCUGACGUCUUCUUGUUGCAAUUCCUGCCUUUCAGCAAAGAUGUGCGUCUACCAGUUCAGCUUCAACGCGCUAUGGCUGCUGAAGCCGAAGCUGCAAGAGAAGCCCGCGCUAAGGUUAUUGCAGCCAGAGGUGAGCAAAAGGCCUCACAGGCCCUGAAGGAAGCAGCAGACGUAAUAAAUGAGUCGCCAUUCGCCAUUCAAUUGCGCUAUCUGCAGACGCUCAGUACAAUUUCGGCAGAGAAGAAUUCUACUAUCAUCUUCCCGCUGCCAGUUGACCUUGUGACGCACUUUAUGCAGGGCAAGCCCUCCUCUUCCUCCCUCUCCGCCAUCCCUCCCUCUGCGGCUUUUACUCUUGGUGGCGGUGGUGGCGGUGGUGGAGGUGACUCCUCGGACAGCAAUCACGCCGCCGCCUCUGCUGGCGGUCAUCAAGGCUUCGGUGUUCCUCCACCGGCUCGUCGACGUCAGAUCGUUGGUGCUGUAACCACUUCACCGACAGCAGCCAAUGAAGCGUUUGCUGUGUAA